AUGUUGGUAGUUCAUCAGGAGAGCUCAGAGGGCCUCGGUGGUCAGUCUGCCCAGCAGCAUCAAACAGACCUGGACUCCAUAUUUAUGCUGCUGGAGGACAACAUCGGCACUUUUGUGAAGAACGAGCUGAAGAAGAUCCAGAAGGUUCUGAGUCCAGAUUACCCAGAAUGCUUAGAGAGAACUGUUGCUGCAGUGCGUCGACAUAAACUCAAGUCCAACCUGAAGAAGAAGUUCCAGUGUGUGUUUGAGGGGAUCGCUAAAGCAGGAAACCCAACCCUUCUGAAUCAGAUCUACACAGAGCUCUACAUCACAGAGGGAGGGACUGAAGAUGAACACGAGGUCAGACAGAUUGAAACAGCAUCCAGGAAACCAGACAGACCAGAAACAACAAUCAGACAAGAAGACAUCUUUAAAGCCUCACCUGGAAGAGAUGAACCAAUCAGAACAGUGAUGACAAAGGGAGUGGCUGGCAUCGGGAAAACAGUCUUAACACAGAAGUUCACUCUGGACUGGGCUGAAGACAAAGCCAACCAGGACAUCCAGUUCAUAUUUCCAUUCACUUUCAGAGAGCUGAAUGUGCUGAAAGAGAAGAAGUACAGCUUGGUGGAACUUGUUCAUCACUUCUUUACUGAAACCAAAGAAGCAGGAAUCUGUAGGUUUGAAGAGUUCCUGGUUGUGUUAAUCUUUGACGGUCUGGAUGAGUGUCGACUUCCUCUGGACUUCCACAACAACAAGAUCCUGACUGAUGUUACAGAGUCCACCUCAGUGGAUGUCAGAGGGUUCACCAACCCACAGAAGGAGGAUUACUUCAGGAAGAGAUCCAGAGAUGAGGAGCAGACGAGCACAAUCAUCUCCCACAUCAAGACAUCACGAAGCCUCCACAUCAUGUGCCACAUUCCGUCCAAAGUGAAGAACAUCAAGUAUGAUGGAGGAGCUGAGACAGAUCCACACUGGAGUCCACAGAGCAGGAAGAUGAUUGAGUCUCUGGGAAAACUGGCCUUUGAUCAGCUGCAGAAAGGCCACCUGAUCUUCUAUGAAUCGGACCUGACAGAGUGUGGCAUCGAUAUCAGAGCAGCCUCAGUGUACUCAGGAGUGUUCACACAGAUCUUUAAAGAGGAGAGAAGACUGUACCAGGACAUGGUGUUCUGCUUUGUCCAUCUGAGUGUUCAGGAGUUUCUGGCUGCUCUUCAUGUCCAUUUGACAUUCAUCAACUCGGGUGUCAAUCUGAUAUUACAGAAACAAAAAACGUCCCGGUGGUCCAAAGUCUUCAAAGACAAACCUGAUCCAACACAUUUCUACCAGAGUGCUGUGGACAAGGCCUUACAGAGUUCAAAUGGACACCUAGACUUGUUCCUCCGCUUCCUCCUGGGUCUUUCCCUAGAGACCAAUCAGAAACUCCUACGAGGUCUGCUGACACAGACAGGAAGUAGCUCACAAACCAAUCAGGAAACAGUCCAGUACAUCAAGAAGAAGAUCAGUGAGAACUCCUCAGCAGAGAAAAGCAUCAAUCUGUUCCACUGUCUGAAUGAACUGAAUGAUUGUUCUCUGGUGGAGGAGAUCCAACAAUCCCUGAGAUCAGGAAGUCUCUCCAGAAUUAAACCAUCUCCUUCUCAGUGGUCAGCUCUGGGCUUCAUCUUACUGUCAUCAGGAGAAGAUCUAGACGUGUUUGACCUGAAGAAAUACUCUGCUUCAGAGGAGGUUCUUCUGAGGCUGCUGCCAGUGGUCAAAGCCUCCAACAAAGCUCUACUGGGUGGCUGUAACCUCUCAGAGAGAAGCUGUGAAGCUGUGUCCUCAGUUCUCAGCUCCCAGUCCUCUAGUCUGAGAGACCUGGACCUGAGUAACAACACCCUGCAGGAUUUAGGAGUGAAACUGUUGUCUGCUGGACUGAAGAGUCCCCACUGUACACUGGAAACUCUCAGUCUGAGAGAGCUGGACCUCACAUGGGGCAGUGACUCACUCCCAACCAUAAAGGACCAUUACACCAUUUUCUGGUUGCGUGCUAUGGCCUCAGUCUUGAAGGUGCCCCAGUGUUCACUGGAGGUCACAGAUAAAUUCAGCCUUCAGAACAUCCUCAUCACCGAGAGACAGAGAUGCAAUCCUGAAGCCAUCAGGAGACCAUCCACCCCCGGCUACCUCUAUAUCGAGACUCAGGAGGGAAGCUGUUGUCUGCUGGACUGGAGAAUCAACUCUGGAGACUGGACUCCCUCAGGUAUGGACAGACAACAGACUGGACUCCCUCAGGUAUGGACAGACAACAGACUGGACUCUCUCAGGAUGGACCAUGGUGGACAGCAGAGAUUGAGACCUGGUCUGAGGAAGUAUGUCUGUGAACUGGAACUGGACACAAACACAGUAAACAGAAACCUCAAACUGUCUGACAACAACAGGGAGGUGACAUAUGUGAAGGAGGAUCAGUCAUAUCCUGAUCAUCCACGCAGAUUUAUCUACUGGAAUCAGCUGCUGUGUAGAACUGGUCUGACUGGUCGCUGCUACUGGGAGGUCGAAUGGAGAGGAGUGGUUGAUAUAUCAGUGAGUUACAGAGGAAUCAGCAGGAGAGGAGACGGAGAACACAGUGUGUUUGGAAGGAAUGAUCAGUCCUGGAGUCUGAGGUGCUCUGAUGACGGUUACUAUGUCUGGCACAAUAAGAGAGAAACACCCAUCUCCUCCUCCUCCUCCUCAUCCUCCUCCUCCUCAUCCUCCUCCUCCUCCUCCCCUGGUAGAGUAGCAGUGUAUGUGGACUGUCCUGCUGGCACUCUGUCCUUCUACAGAGUCUCCUCUGACACCCUGAUCCACCUCCACACCUUCAGCACCACAUUCACUGAACCUCUUUAUCCUGGGUUUGGGGUCUGGUCUUAUGGUUCCUCAGUUUCUCUGUGUCCUCUGCAGGUCUGA